GCUGCACAGGAAAAAGAGGAGCUCAAGCAGGAAGGAGACGAUUUGGAUACCAAAGUGUGUAAGAUGGAGCUGGAAACUGAAGCCCUGGAGAACACCAUCCUGCUGUUCAGCAGUGGGUUAAACUCAGUUCACAGCUUCCCCAGUAACGAUAACGAGUCCAUGUCAGAGUACCAGAAAGAACUACAGCUGAAGGAACAGCUGACAGAUUCAGAGAAUAUGAUGAGAGAUGAGGAACAACAGACUGAAGAUCUGCAACAAAACCUGAUGGACUUGAACUUGAAGUUGGAGUCUCUGCUGCAGGAGGAGCAGGUGGAGAAAGAUGAGAUCUGUCACAAACAGGAGCUCAGCGCUAAACUGAACAAAGAUAUCGAUUUACUGCAGGAGAAAUUCAGCAGAACCUCGACACAG